AUGAAGUUUGCAACAACCCACAAUAUUCGCUUCAUCGUCCGUAAUACCGGCCAUGACUACAUCGGGAAGUCGACUGGAGCUGGCGCUCUCUCCGUUUGGAUGCACAAUCUCAAUAAUAUCGAAGUCAAAGAUUAUAAGGACAAGCACUACAAAGGAAAAGCCGCGAAGCUUGGCGCAGGUGUCCAGGGCAUCGAAGCCUAUCGUGCGGCAGAUGCUCACGGCCUGCGAAUUCUCAGUGGAGCGUGCCCAAGCGUCGGUGUCUCUGGUGGAUACAGCCAAGGUGGUGGACACUCGAUGCUUAGUUCACGAUACGGCCUUGGGGCAGAUCAAGUCCUCGAGUGGGAAGUGAUUGAUGGCACCGGCAGAUUUCUCGUGGCUACCCGUGAACAGAACAGUGAUCUCUACUGGGCUUUGAGCGGUGGCGGUGGUGGGACCUACGGCGUUGUCUGGUCAAUGACAUCUAAAGCACAUCGUGGUGGACCAGUUUCGGGAUUGAACUUGACCAUUCUGGCCAAGGAUAAUUCCGAAGAUCUCUUCUACAAAGCCUUAGAGCUCUAUAACUCUCACCUGCCCACCAUUGUGGACCAAGGUAUUAUGAGCAUGGCCUCCAUUUCGAACACCUCGUUCAAAAUUUCCCCCAUGACCGCUCCGGAUAUUCCGGUCCAGAAAUUGGAAAGCAUCACGCAGCCAUUACGCGAUGGGUUGGAUAGACUGAGAGUCAAAUACAGCUUUCACAUGGAGCAAUUUGAGUCAUACCUUGAUGAGUUCGAAGCGAUGAUGCGAUCUGUUUCAGUCGGCGUGGCUCAGUACGGAAGCUGGCUGAUCCCGCGAUCGGUCGUACAGGAGAAGAAUAACGAGCUCACCGAUGCAAUCAGGCAUAUUGUCAGCAACGGGGGUAACAUUAGCCUUAACGGUCUCACCGCCUCCAAGAAAGUCUCGGGUGAUGUCUAUAAUGCCGUGCUGCCUGCCUGGCGAAACACUUUAAUCCACGCAUACCUUAAGACACGGUGGGAAUUCAAUGAGCCCAAGAAGAUGCUUGCUAAUCAGAACAAAAUGACUCACGAUUUUGUGCCUCAAUUGCAACAAUUGGCCCCACAAUCAGGUGCCUAUUUGAAUGAGGCCGAUUUCCGCCAACCUGACUGGAAGACUGCAUUCUACGGAGAAAACUACGAAGCUUUGCGUCAAAUCAAAGCAAAGUACGAUCCCCACAGCAUAUUCUAUGGACUGACUGCCGUUGGCUCCGAUGAGUGGACAGUCUCUCCUGGCGGACGUAUGUGCCGGGCGUAG